AUGGAGAAAUUAUUGGAAUACUUAGAAACUUUAGGAGAAAAAAUAGAUUUAAAAGAUUAUGAUGUUGAAUAUUCGAGUGGUGUUUUGACACUUAGAUGUGGACCUUCGGGUACUUAUGUAAUUAAUAAACAACCUCCCAAUAAACAAAUUUGGUUAUCAUCUCCAAUAAGUGGACCUAAACGUUAUGAUUAUGAUCUAAAACAUCAAAAAUGGUUUUAUAAUAGAGAUAAUUCGACAUUGGAUGGGUUACUUAACGAAGAACUAUCAGUAAUAUUUAAUACGAAAAUUGAUAUUUAA